GAUCUAUAUUUCAUAUUAUCAAUGGAUAUCUUCUACCUCUCCCUGCUCCUCCUCUCCGUCCUCCUCGUCUCUCUCUUCUUCCUGUUCUACGAUAACAAGAACAAGUCGUCGUCGUCAUCUUCCUCGUCCCCUCUUCCUCGCGGCCGCAGCGGAUGGCCCUUCAUCGGCGAAACCCUGGAGUUUCUGUCCACCGGCAAGAAAGGCCACCCCGAGAAAUUCAUAUUCGACCGCAUGGCCAAGUUCUCCACCGACGUCUUCAGGACGUCCCUGCUGGGGGAGCCCGCAGCCGUGUUCUGCGGGUCGGCGGGGAACAAGUUCCUGUUCUCGAACGAGAACAGGCUGGUGACCCCCUGGUGGCCCUCCUCCGUCAACAAGAUCUUCCCAACCUCCCUCCAGUCCUCCUCCAACGAGGAAUCCAAGAAGAUGCGCAAGAUGCUCCCCAACUUCCUCAAGCCCGAAGCCCUCCAGCGCUACAUACCCAUCAUGGACGACAUCGCCGCCCGCCACUUCCAGUCCGGGUGGGAGGGCAAAUCAGAGGUGGAGGUCUUCCCUCUCGCCAAGCGCUUCACCUUUUGGCUGGCCUGCCGCCUAUUCAUCAGCGUGGAGGAUCCUGACCAGGUGGCCAAGUACGCCGACCCCUUCAACGCCCUGGCUUCCGGGAUCAUAUCCAUGCCCAUCGACCUGCCCGGCACCACCUUCAACCGGGCGGUGAAGGCGUCUGUGGUGAUAAGGAAGGAGUUGCUGGCGGUUAUAAAGCAGAGGAAGGUGGACCUGGCGGAGCAGAAGGCUUCCCCCACUCAGGAUAUACUCUCCCACAUGCUGCUGGCCACCGACGACAACGGCCAGUUCCUGAGCGAGCUGGAUAUUGCGGAUAAGAUACUGGGCCUCUUGAUCGGCGGCCACGACACCGCCAGCGCCGCCUGCACUUUCCUCGUCAAGUACCUCGCCGAGUUGCCCCACGUCUACGAUCAAGUCUACAAUGAGCAAAUGGAGAUAGCGAAAUCAAAAGCAGCGGGAGAGAAGCUGAACUGGGACGACAUUCAGAAGAUGAGGUAUUCGUGGAACGUGGCGUGCGAAGUGAUGAGACUGGCGCCCCCGCUCCAAGGAGCUUUCAGAGAAGCCAUCAACGACUUCAUCUUCGCCGGUUUCACCAUUCCUAAGGGCUGGAAAUUGUACUGGAGUGCGAACUCGACGCAUAAAAAUCCGGCGUACUUCCCGGAGCCGGAAAAGUUCGACCCGGAGAGGUUCGAAGGGAAGGGACCGGCGCCGUACACGUACGUGCCGUUCGGAGGAGGACCCAGGAUGUGCCCUGGCAAGGAAUACGCCCGCCUGGAGAUACUGGUCUUCAUCCACAACCUGGUUAAACGCUUCAAAUGGGAGAAGCUCAUUCCCCACGAGAAAAUCACCGUCGAUCCCAUGCCCAUCCCUGCCAACGGUCUUCCUGUUCGUCUUAUUCCCCACCAUCGUACCUAA